ACGUGACUGAAACAUGCUUGGUUUAACAUGGCUGCGCCCACAGAAAGCACGGAUGCAUCACUCUCGGUUGCUACAUGUCAAUCGGCAACUGUUUUAUCUGCGGAAAAUGCUCCACUACAGUAUAGUCUUCUUUUGGAUCACCUUAUUGGUGCCAAAAGACAGAUUAAAGACUUGAACCCGACCGUUAUGGGUGCUUUACCGAGUCCUCGGAAAACAGAAGAGGAGAAGAUGAUCGAGAGGGGAAUGGAGAGCUGCGCGUUUAAAUCACUCAUAGCAUGUGUCGGAGGGUUUGUGUUGGGAGGAGCUUUUGGUGUCUUCACAGCCGGAAUUGACUCUAAUGUUGGUCUUGAUCCCAAAGACCCCUUAAGGACCCCCACAGCAAGGGAGGUUUUGAAAGACAUGGGGCAGAGAGGAAUGUCAUAUGCUAAAAACUUUGCCAUUGUGGGUGCAAUGUUUUCAUGCACGGAGUGUCUCAUAGAAUCACAUCGUGGGAAAUCUGACUGGAAAAAUGCAGUGUACAGUGGAUGUGUCACAGGAGGUGCCAUUGGGUUCAGAGCUGGUCUUAAAGCUGGAGUUCUGGGCUGUGGAGGUUUUGCUGCUUUUUCUGCUGCUAUUGAAUACUAUCUCAGAUGAACAUCAGCUUCAGGACUGUUACCAUGUACUGUUGUGUAUUCCUCACAGUAUAUUGGAAGACAUUGUGCAAUCUUCCUCUCUGCCACCACUCAAAAGGUGUCCCAUCCCACCAGAAGAGAUUAGGUUGCCUGAGUGGACCAAUAGGACAACAAAGCUGAGCAGAAGUUUCGUACAAUCUAAGGAAUGUCUUGACCUUUCUGUCUCAGGCUAUCUGAUGAUCUGACAACCUCCUAGGAUAUUAUUUGUACAUAAUUGUAUUGAAAAUGUCAUGCGUUGUGCUGGUUGAUCCUCUGAGCGAAGCAAGAUAAAAUGUGUAGUGUUAACUUAAAAAUUAAAAAAAAAUGUUCAUAAUGUAAUAGGUCAUAAAUUCUUUUGAUUUUUUUUUUUUUCACUUGUUGCCUGUGUUAUGUUGUGUAUCAGUGAAAUGUUAACACGCAGCUUCUUAGUAAACAAAGGCAGCUCAGUUUAAAAGAAUUCACCAAAUCAGAUUUAUUUCCUCCAAAGUGGUGUUUGGAUUUACAAGUUUCAAGAAAAUAAGCUCAAUCAAGUGUUUAUAUUAGUUUCACUCUGUAUCCCCUUUCUAAAAGGAGAGUUCUUAAAAUGUCAUCCUACAAACAAACAGAAAACUAUAUAUUUAUAUGACAUCUGAUAUAAUAUAUGUGUGUGAAAAUCAAAAUGUGAUAGGCAGGGAGUGCUAAAGGUUGUGCAUUAGGAAACCACAAUGAAAUCAUGCUUUGAGGUCAAGCUGACAUAGCAAGGAAAUGAGAUUUCCUCAGCAGGAAACAGAUAAUGCAAACAUGCUUUCUGGCGACUUCCCAGUUCUCUGAAAAUUGUCCUUUCCCACUGGCCUCUAAAUAAGAGUUUAUAAUGCUGAAUUGAGUUUGGAGAUGCAACCAAAAAUCAAAACCGAGCAGAUGUGUGACAUGGAUUUAAACCGGUGUAAGAUUGAGCCAAUGCAUUGUUGAAUCAUGUCUGUUUCAUGAGGAAUGGAUGCAGUUCAGAAAACUGGGUCACAUUAUAGACCUUUAGAGUUUAGAUUUUCUUUAAAUCAACUCUAAGAGUGCAAAUAUAAAGACAACACGGCAAGCAAACAGAACCUCACUUAAAACAAUUUUAAGACUUAGACUUUAUGUUUUAAGGACAAAGUUAGCUGUAACAAUUCAUUCAAAAACAAAAUAAAACCUACUAGCAUAAAGGGUUAAAGUGUACAGUACACUGUGCCUGAUGAUGCUGAGAUUUUUCUUAUUUUUGUGUAAUGUACUAAUGAACAUAAAACAAAAGUAUGAGAAGAGACAGUCACAACCUAAAACACCACCUGCCCAGGGCUGCUGUGCACUGAGCUUGUGUCAAUAUCACACACAACUUUAAUACAAGGCACUGUAUUUUACGAUAUUCCAGACAACGCAUAAUUUGGGGGGAAAACAAAACUUUUAUAGAUAUUCAAUAUAGCUAAAUUUCUAUCCUCAGACUUUUAUGCAUAUAUUUGCCUUCAUCCAGUCCUCUGUGACAUCCAUUUACAGGAAACUACAAAGCUCCAAACAAAGCACCCAUCAAACCAGCAAGAGUCCAGUCUAGUUUUGAUAUGUAUUAAAGAAUCAGAGCAGCU